AUGUCAAACAGUCAGCAGUAUCAAGCGACUCUGGUGGCAGCGAACCAGCCUGCCACCGAAGGCACACCCCUGCUGGCUGAACAGCCCGCGAAGAAGCCAUACUCGAUUUUUACACCUGGCCAGAAACGGCUCAUCAUCGUAACCGCCGCGCUUGCGUCCAGCUUCUCACCACUUUCCGCUAACAUCUACUAUCCAGCUCUGAACUCCAUUGCUGCAGACUUACAUGUCACUAGCUCGCAGAUUAACUUGACAAUCACAACAUACAUGCUAUGUCAAGGUCUCGCCCCGGCCUUUAUGGGAUCCUUCGCCGACCAAGCCGGCCGUCGACCAGCAUAUAUUCUUUGUUUUGCCGUCUAUAUCACAGGUAAUAUCGCGCUCGCCUUGCAGCACAGCUACCCGGCGCUGCUGAUCCUUCGCGCCAUCCAGAGCUGCGGUAGCAGCGGCACCGUCGCGCUCGCUUCUGCUGUGACUGCAGACGUGAUAACAUCCGCUGAGCGCGGUACAUAUAUGGGAAUUACGUCUCUAGGGAUCAUCCUUGCGCCGUCUGUUGGACCCCUGGUUGGGGGGAUCCUAAGUCAGCACCUGGGUUGGCAGGCCAUUUUCUGGUUUCUUGCAAUAACAUCUGGGGUAUUCUUUGCCCCCUCCUCAUCUUCUUCCCGGAAACAUGUCGCAAGAUCGUAG